UGUAUGGACCCAACACCAUAACCAGAAGUUUAAAAGGAGGAGAAAAAACCCAACUAGGCAAGAGGAGAGAAUAGAAAGAGGGAACCUAAACAAAAGUAAUAACAAGUUCAAUAUGUCGUAAAGGGUGAGGAAGGUAUAAAAUUUAUUUUGAUGCAUUAUAGGUGCUGCAACUGAAGCAUAGGAUGAUACAUAAGAAAAGAAAGGAGAUAAAGGAGAGAAGUAAUAAAAAAAGAAACAAAGAGAGGAGAGAAAACGUCCUGAAUUUGAUUGGGAUAAGACUAAGAUUACUCUUGAAAGUAAAGUACCAGAAUUACCUGCUCAUCCUCCUUAAAAACCAAAUAAAGAGGAGCAUUACAAAUAAUUGGAUAAGAUUGAUGAAGAUAUCAGAAAGCAAUGGAAUCAUUUCGUAAGAGUUUAUUGUUAAAUAUGAUAGAAUGAUUUUGUAAAAAAUGUUAAAGAAUAAUAAAAUAUGGCUAGACAAGGUAAUGAAGAGAAGUACAAAAAUGAAGUGAAACCAUUAGGAUUAGUUAUUGGAGAUAAGAUUAAAUUAGUAAAUGAGAAAUCAUCAGAAUUAAAGAAAAUGAAGAGUGAGAAUGAUGAAAUUAAAGAUCACAUUAAUAAACUCUUUAAUUAAGCUUAAGAAUAUAGAUAAAAGAUGAAGAGUUUAGAUGAUCCAGAUAGAAUUAUUGAUGAAUUGGCUAGAUUGAAGGAAUCACUUUAAUAAGAUAAAUUAAGUGCAAAUGAAGAGAAGAGAAUCGUAUAAUAAAUAAGUGCUUUAGAAAGAUCACUUCCAUACAUUGAACCAUUAUAAAAGUUGGAGAAAGAAUAAAAAGUUUUAAGAACUAAAUCAGCAGCUAUUGGAAAAGUUAUGAGCUCUCUUUAUUAAAGCAUUAAAGAUUUGAAUGAUGAAAUUAAUUAAUACAAAUCUGAUUAUGAAAAGUUAAAGGAUAGUACAAAAGAUUCAGUUGUUACAAAAUAAAAUCCACUUAUUGACAAAGAAAGAUAAAUAGUUGAAGCUAAAGUAUAAGAAUUGAAAGAAAGAAAAGAAAAAUUAAAGAAAGAUUACAAUAAUUCAUGGGAUAAAUUUGAAGAUUAUGAAGAUUUAUAAAAAUAUAGAGAAUGGUUCUUAAAAUAAAUCAAUAGAAUUAAGAAAGACUCUGAAAGAAAGAAGAAAGAAGAAGAAAGAAAAAAAAGAGAAGAAGCUAGAGCUAAAAGAGAAGCUGAUAGAGAAGCUGAAGAAAAGGCUGAAGCUGAAGCUAAGGCAAAAGAAUUAGAAAAUGUUAAUCCAUUCUAAUAUUAAGUUGGUAUCUAUUCUUUUUAAAUAUUUUAUUAGAUCUUUGUGAAACUUUAAUCACUUAUUGCAAUAAACUUAAACCAACAGCUGCUUAAUAAUAAGCUUAAUAAUAAAAAUAAAUAGAUGUUGAAUAAGUUUUAAAGAGUGAUGAUUGGAAGAAAGAGAAAUGCACUGUUAUCAAAAAAGAUACAGAUGAUGAUAUCUAUAAUUUUAGUCAAUUGAAAUCCAAAAAGAAGAAUAAGGUAUAUAUUAAAUUUUAAUCUAAGCAACCACAAUAAUAAAAAGAGGCUAAAGAAGAUAAAAAAGAUGAAAAACCAAGCAUUUUAUAACAUGAUUUGUAAACUCUCUAAUUCUUCGAUACAGUUAAAGUGGCAACUCCAUUCUACAUAACUGAACUCGACAAGGUUGUCAAGAGCAUCUAAGAGCGUAAGGAGUAUUAUUUGAACCGGGAAAACUGGGGCAAAAAAGAAGAAUAAGAGACACACACAGAAGUAUUAAAUAAUUUAAAUUUGUUGUAGGAAUCAAAAGCCAAGAAAUAAUAGAAGGCCUAAAACUAAGAUGAUUUCCCAGCCUUAUAAUGAA